AUGUUUGUCUCAAGUGCAGUGCACGGCCAGCUAGCCCGCUGGCUCUACUCUUCGUAUGCUGCUGCCGAUUCGCUAGCUGUACAGUUUAAUGACGGCGUCAGCAGCAACCCGUCUUUCCUCUUUUCCACGAAUACUGCUGACGUCGUUGAAGAUGGUUACGACGCUCUUGGUAAUCGCUAUGUAGUUCUAAGGACUUAUGGCUCAGUUGCGAAUCCUGCACGCGCCGGAGAGAUUUAUGCAUCCUCCUGUUGCCGCCCCAGCGGCCUUGGUGGAUCAAAUGCGUUGGAUUCUUUUCGCUUUGCCGUGAACUAUGUCCCCGGUACCUAUAACUACACCUUCGUGCCGGCCGUCAGUUCCCACGGGGCGGCCAUCAGCUGCUCCAUCAACACGGACCUCACCAAUACAUCCCCUGGGGAGCUAACUGUUUCGACAGCACCAGGGGGAUGCAGACUUGGGUGGCGCAACUUCGGCUACAAUUAUGGCGCCAUGACUGGUGUUGGACUUCGGAUAUCUGAACCAUCCACGGGACACUACAUUGACAUCAUCUUCCGUCUGGUGUUCGCGGACUUGGGCGGCCAGCCUGUGCUCUCCUCAAACAUUGUUUCGACGACUGGUCAGGUGCUGCCGCAAAGCGGCGGAAAUAUCAUCGUCUACGUGGGGGUACCUGUCACGCCUCAAGCAGCACCUUGCCGUCUGGAGCCACCCUCACAACCACACCCAGCAGCGGUGUCGCACCCGUAA